AUGGACGCGGCGCGGGUCAGGGAGGUGGUUCACGAGGUGCUGGGGUCCCAGGGGGACGAGACCAUAUUGGACUACCUGGUUGGGGUGCUGGAGGACGAACACUUCCCCUGGGAGGACGCCUUCGACUCAUUAGGACCCAUCCUGGUGGACUCUGGCUGCUGCGCCAACGAUGACCAGGCCCGGGCGGCCUGCGACAAGCUGGCGGAGAAGCUGGACACCAGCCGUGCGGCAGCGGGCGGCGGCGCCGGCGGCGGCGCGUUCGGCGCGCCGCAGGCGCUGAGCACUGGGCCCGUGCUGCUGGCUGAUGCGGACACGCGGCAGCUGCUGCACUCUAUUGACUCACGGGCCAUGAGGUCGGGGCGCGACCUUAUCCAGACCCAGUUUGGGGGCGCGGACCUGCCCAGCAACCUCACGGGCAUGACAGAGAAGGUGGGGCGCCGGUCGCACACGCGCAUGGUUGUGGUGCAGGGGGGCGGCGACGACUGCGCCAGCAGGGGCGGCGUGGCGGCCUCGUCGUGUCGCAGCCUUGUCGUGACAGGUUUAUGUGUCUCGAUGCGGAGUUGCUGCUGA